GCUCGGCUAGUGGGGUAAAGCGGUGGUAUUACGCAAACAUUCUCAGGUCGAUAUCUUCUCUUCGUCUGUUUCCGCCAAGGAGGGGGCGGGGAGGGAGGGGGGGGUCUCGCGAAAACAUCUGAUGCGGAACACUUUGACUCCGCGCGCUGGAGCUGGAGCUGCGCAUUCCACAGAGGCAGAUGAGAAGAAGCCAGUGAGAGGGCGCGAGGGAGAAUGAGAGAGGGGAUGUGGUGGAGUUUGGAGCAGCUGGCGUUGCCCCCGGUGACGGGGCUGUUGUCCCUGGCGUCGCCGCCGGUUACAGGGUUGCUAUGGUCACUGUUGCUGCUCUUCCUGUGGUACUGUUACCGCCUGGGCUCUGACCCCUCCCCUCGGGGGCGUGGCCCGAGCCUCCCACGCCAGGCCAGUUUCCCAGAGCCCCGCCCAUCCACUGAGGCCAAUGCCCCCAUCACUAUGGAAACGGGUGACGGACAGGGGGCGGAGAGUUACCUGGCGCCGGUGCUAAGCCCCGCCCUCUUCCCUUCGGGGGCGUCGGCAGGAAGCAGGAAGCUGUACGAGGCGCUGCAGGAGUACGCCAAGCGCUACAGCUGGUCUGGCAUGGGCCGCAUCCACAGAGGGCUACGCCUUCAGUCCAGAGUGAAUGAGCGGUUCUCCGUCCAGAAGCCACACCUCUUCUACCUGCCUGACGUUCCAAGCACUCCGUUCUUCCCCCGAGACGCCCAUCGCCAUGACAUCGAGGUCCUGGAGGCCAGCUAUCCCAUAAUCCUCGCUGAAUUCCAGGCUGUGUACCAGAGGGGCGUCGACCCAAAGCUGGGCUGGGUGUGCCAGGGCCCCAAAGGCCAGGCAGUGUUCCCCCUGUAUAACGCGGGUGUGUGUGUGGGUUCUAACUGCCGUGCGUGUCCGUACUCGUACCGGGUCCUCCUGUCUCUGCGGACCUUCAUCGGGUCCAACGCCCUCGGAGCCGCCGGGUUCUGGAUCCUUCCGCCGGGAGUCUGUCUGGGCGGGGCUUAUGGGCCCACUAACACACGCCUGAGAUGUCAUCUGGGUCUGCUGACGCCCCCCCAGUGUGAGCUGGUGGUGGGGGGGGAGCCUCAGUGUUGGGCAGAGGGACACUGCCUCCUAGUGGACGACUCCUUCCUUCACACCCUCUCACACAACGGUUCUGCUGAGGACGGGCCUAGAGUGAUCUUCAGUGUGGAUCUCUGGCACCCCAAUGUGGCCGCAGCAGAGAGACAGGCCCUGGACUACAUCUUUGCUCCGGAACAAUAAACACAACAACAACAACAAUAACACACACACACACACAAACACACACACACACACACACAGCACAC